GGGUACUUCAUACUCACUGAAACAGAGAACAGUGACAUCACUCUCAAGUAACGUUCCCCUGCUUCCUAAUUCCAAAUCCAAAAGGGCCACUGCAAGUCUGCAACUAUAUAUACCUCCCCAUUCCAACCAUAUUUUUCUCAAGAACUAAAAAAAAUCCAUUCCCUUUUUAGCAGAGUUUUCGAGAGAUGGCAGGGGAGAGCUAUGGUUCACCACAGUUCAUGAUCACCAAUGUUGCUGUAAAUCAAGGGAAUCACAGUCAUCAGCCACUCAUUGAUGACAUUGAACAAGAUCAAAUUGUUGUAUCUGAUAAGAAAAGCUGGAAGAAUUUCUUCUCUUACUUGGGUCCUGGAUUUCUUGUUUCCAUUGCCUACAUUGAUCCAGGGAACUUUCAGAGUGAUCUGCAAUCAGGAGCUCAGUUCAAGUUUGGGUUGUUGUGGAUCAUCUUAGUGGCGUCGUUUGCAGCUAUUGUUAUUCAAUCCCUGGCAGCAAAUUUGGGUGUGGUUACUGGGAAGCAUUUGGCUGAGCACUGUAGAAAUGAGUAUCCGAAGGCGACCAAUUUCGUCCUAUGGAUUCUUGCUGAAGUUGCAGUUGUUGCAUGUGACAUUCCUGAAGUGAUAGGAACUGCAUUCGCAUUGAACAUGCUCUUCAAACUUCCACUGUGGUGUGGUGUGCUAAUCACAGGACUCAGUACAUUGAUUCUACUUUUCCUGCAGCAUUAUGGGGUGAGGAAACUUGAAAUCUUUAUUGCUGUGCUGAUAUUUACAAUUUCUAUAUGCUACUUGGUCGAGCUUGGCUAUGCAAAGCCAAAAGCUUCAGAGGUUCUCUAUGGCCUCUUUGUUCCGCAGCUCAAGGGAAGCGGCGCAACUAAGUUGGCUGUUUCAUUGUUAGGAGCUAUGGUUAUGCCACAUAAUCUCUUCCUUCAUUCUGCUCUGGUCUUAUCUAGGAAAAUCCCACGAUCAGUUGCUAGUAUCAAUGAGGCUUGCAGAUUUUAUCUAUUAGAAAGUUGGUUUGCCCUCUCGGUGGCCUUCCUUAUUAAUGUGUCAGUCAUUUCAGUGAGUGGUGAAGUUUGUAAUGCACCAGAUUUGAGUGUAGAAGAUCGAAAGAAUUGCGCAGACUUGGAUCUGAACAGAGCCUCAUUCUUACUUAGACAUACUUUAGGGAGUUGGAGCUCCAAAGUUUUCGCGAUUGCUUUGCUUGCAUCAGGACAAAGUUCUACAAUAACCGGAACAUAUGCUGGCCAAUAUGUUAUGCAGGGAUUUCUUGACUUGCGAAUGAAAACUUGGAUCCGUAACUUCUUAACUCGAUGCCUCGCCAUAGUCCCUAGUCUAAUUGUAUCAAUCAUAAGUGGUUCUGCUGGUGCUGGAAAUCUGAUCAUUAUUUCCUCGAUGAUCUUGUCUUUUGAACUGCCAUUUGCACUGAUACCGCUACUCAAGUUCACAAACAGCAAAACUAAAAUGGGACAACAUGCAAACUCGAGAAUGACAUAUACAAUAAGUUGGAUAAUCAGCUCUCUAAUAAUGGGCAUAAAUAUAUUCUACCUAGCAGAAAAGUUGGUAGCAUCACUCCGCCAUGGACAUUUAGGAGUUCCCGGAACUGUUAUUUGUGGAAUCCUUGGAGUUGCAGCCAUGUUAAUUUACUUGGCUGGUGUUAUAUACUUGAUCUUGAGGAAGAAUAAGAAGGGUGACCAUCUUUUGGUACUCACGGAAAAUGGAAGUAGGCCGAUAACUGCUGGUUCAGGCAAACUACCGGUUCUUGGCCGGCCUGAGGAGGACAUUGUUAGCAAGCAUGCAGUUGCCUCAGAGGAGGUUUAAUCCAGCAGAUGUUGACUGAAGCAUGUAUAAUCUUCCUUUUACUAAUGAGAAAUAAUAAGUAGAGGAUAUCCAUGUGAACCUUUCUAAAAGUGGUCUAUAAAUAUGUUCUGCAGCAAAUCGCCUAAUGUUGUUCUUCUAAUGUGUGCAGUAAUUUACUAUAGUUUUCCAUUGUAAUUUGAAUAAAACCAAAUUGGAAAAGAAAAUCCUUUUCCAUCAUUGCUGGAGUACGCUUUUUCAUUUUCGCCUUAAUUUUUCAUGGUAACACAAUGCUAUCAAGUAUCACACAGUUUCAGAAGGCAAAUAAGGUCAAGAAAAUGAGCUCACGUUUUACAGAAGUUUUAGAUUGAUGACAACAUUGAAAGAUCAUACACACAGAGAGAUAUCAAAUGCAUCUCCCUACACAUCCUUUUGUCCUUAACCCAAAGAUGCAGUGACAAAAGGAGUUUCCUAGCAUUGAAAUUCCAUUCUAUUAACCUCUGUUGUAGGUAAAAGCUACCAAUUGAUAAGGGCUCAAAAUUGUGCCACAACUCAAUAGUAGCAAAAUUAAAGAUAAGACAACUAAGACUGAAUUUUAAUUGCCUCAUCACUCUCUGCUGUGACUGGGAGUGGAAGAUGACCUUUCUCCUGAAGACUUUUAACUGUUUCAUAAAGGGUUUGCUUCACUGAGGUGAAUUCAAGUCCCAAGUCCUUGAGCUUUUGGUUCGAAAACUUGUAUGGUUUUGCUCUUGGCCUUAUUUCAUCAGAACACCUGUUGUUACACCCAUAAAAUCAGAAUUAAGUUAUUAGUAUAUAUAACUCUUUCAAUGAAACAUGAUACUAUCUAAGUUGUUUUAAUGUUAUACCCGGCAACAAAUUUAGAGUAAAUUUUGUCCUAACAAACGGGAGAAUAGGUCAUUGUCAAUAAUAUUAUGAUAAUAAAUGGUGAAUGGCUGUAAGACUGUUACAUAAACCACUAUGAAAAUUCAGUAAGACGAAGUCGUCGCUGAAUUUAUCAUUACUCUUACGAUUAUCAUCUAGAUCCAAGAAUGAAGAAAACACGCCAUGCCAACAACAAAAAGAUGGCCAAUUAGAAACCAAUUUGGGUUAGGUACAAAAUGUGGAUAAUAUUAGCAGUAGUGGCAAAAAGCAAACAAGUCUAUGGUAGGUAAGAUAGAGACGUUCUUCAGUUUCAGCUUUGGUCUAGUGACAUUGGAAAUUUGGAAUAAGUAGGAUAUUUUGUUUUUUUCUUCUCUUUAACCUUUAAAAAAACCAAAAUGAAAUUAAAGCGGCCAUUAUAUUUUUCUUCAAAAGAAAAGUUUGGUGGGCACAAAUGGCCAUCAUCAUUUGUGAAAUUUUGAAUAUGUGGAAAUGGAACUGAUAAAUCUGAGUGGCGAAGUAGGCCACCUAAAGCACUGGAAAAUCUGCAUUUUGGCUAAUCAAGAAGAGAUUUUACUUACCUAGAAUUUAACCAAACUAAUUUGGGGCCAGAAUGUUGGGGAAAAAAAAAAAUUCUAUUUUUGACAAAAGAUGAAAUGUUUAUGUUCCUUGUUAGAAUGAUCAAAGGUAUUUGGAGUUUGCCAUAAUGUUUUUUAUCCAAAAACAGAACAACUUCAUAUUCAAGUUAUAACAGACUUUUGUUUAUCAAAAAGUAAAACCUUAACAACCAACUAUGUUUGUCAAAUUAAUAAUGUCGGAGCAAAGUUAAAAUCGACUUACUUCAUGGGGAUAGGAUACUCGGGGAAGAACUUGGCCAAGAUUUCCACGACAUCGCCGCGAUGAAGCACGCUCUCAGCGCAGAGGUAACGCCCUGAGGCAGAGGGAGUUUCAUAGAGGAGAAUGUGAGCCAAUGCAACAUCCUUAACGUGGACAUAAGCUUGAAUGGAGUUGGCAUAAGUCUUUGCAGAGCCAGUCAAAUACUUGAGGAUGUGAAGUACACUAGCAUUCACGGUGGGUUGUAACAAUGGCCCCAACACCAACACCGGGUUGAUCACCACCAAAUCGACUCCUUUGAGCUCGGCUUCUUUGACGGCUUCUUGUUCCGCCACAGUCUUCCCAUAGCAAUACCAAUUCUGCAUAACAUCAUUCCGUCACACCAGAAAUUAUAAGACACAAAUUAACACUAAAAUUAAUUUAAAUUUGUAGGCCUCAUUAUUAGGACCACUACUAAACUUGAAAAAAAAAACGUAAGUGAUUUUGAUUGACAAAUUAAGUUCUAGAGCUAAUGUCAUAACUCAUAAAAUGAAGCUAGUUUUUUCUUCCACGUGUGAUGAUCAAUCAUGGACGGAUCCAGAGAAAGUCCACCUGAAUUGAUUGCCACCUACUAUAGUGAUAAUGAAUGAUGGAGAAUUUAAAAGGUGACCAUCCUACUAAUAAAAUUAAAUUCCUUGGAAUUAUUUUUAAUUAUUUUUUUGUUCUGAAAGGAAGGUGAGAAAAAGGUGGGGAUGGGACCUUGGUGUUCUUGCAGAAAUCAAGAUCGCUCCAGCAAGAUUCAUCCACAACUUUUUCAGGAUCCCGGUUAGGGUCCAUGUAAACGGCACCAAUGGAAGAUGUGAACACCACCCUCCUUACUUUGGCUUCGGCGGCUGCAUUGAUCACGUUCCUCGUCCCUAUCACCGCCGGCUCCACCAUUUGUUCCUUUAUCAAAAAUCAUCAUUGUCAUCAAUAUUUCCAUUUGUAAAAAGAAAAGAAGAAAACAUUAGUGGUCAUAAUUUCUCCUGAAAAUCAUCCACUAAAUCCCUCUAGACUAAUACUACUAUAUAUAUAUAGCACCGCCCCAAUCAAUGAAAACAACCACAAAUAAAGCUGGUUUCUUUCUAAUGGAUGAGAUUAAGGUUUGUUCAUCUACCGUUUCAUAAAAAAUGUGAAUUCGAAUGAUUCUGUCACACACCACUAUACAAGUUUAUACUAACAUUUUGAAGAAUGUCGAUUCGAAUUAUGAUGCUAUGAUUUGGUCAUCAACGUGACCUGUGUAGAUUUGCAAUAACAUAAAUGAAUGAACCAAAAUUAUUUCUAUAAAUCGAUUCAUGUUGUUGUGUCACUUGAAAAACAGUGUUAUUAUUUUCUUGGGUUCCUUUUCCAUCAUCACAUAGUGUGGGUUUGUGGGUGGGAGUGGGGAACCACUGGCUUAAACCCUAUUUAACUUUAUUAAGCAUGGAUGAUGCCCAUUUCGAGUCAUUCCACGACACGACACCAACUAAGAUACAACUAACAAAGCAAUAAAGAUGUUAGCCACAAAUUAAAGAAAAGAAAGGGAAAAUUUAAUCCAAAACGGUAGUAGGAAUAUGCAAGUCUUUACCAAACUUUUUCCCUUUUGGAUUUUUUGAUGUAAAGAAUCUUCUGUUUUUUCUUUUAUGUGACUUGUAAUUAUAGAGUAUUAUGACGUCAUAUUUUAUGUUCCUUGAUCAUGAUGAGAUAUGGGUCGUCAGACAGCAGGUACAGUUAGUUUCAGGGUCAAUUUCAAUUCCAUCAUUUUCUUUCAUUUUCUCACCAACAUUUGACAAGACAUAGAAUGGGGUUCUGGGUUACUACUCAACACAGCUGUCUAAAUUAGGUGUUCAUUUGACAAAUUUUCAAAAAGGGGAGAUUAAUUAGAGAACAUU